AUGGGUUGCUAGUUCAGUAAACCAUCUGUAAAUGAGCCCUAAAAAAUAAAGCCUGUUGACGAUAUUGUUGUUAUUCCAAAAAAGGAUACUGAAAUUCAAAACCAUGGAACAAAGGUUCAAAAUGAAACCCCUGUAAAAUAAUCCCAAACAUAGCAUCAAGCAACAUAAGUUUCAAAUAAAUCCCUAAGUGGAGAAUUGAUUCUGUACCCAUAAACGACUGAUAAUUUGGAGAUUUUCAUCAAAUUAGGAACGAAAAAGAAAUUAAUUCAUUUAUAAGCUAGGAAUAAAUACAUCGACACAGUCGAGGAAAUAAUUAGACAAAUACAAUUGAAAUCCUUAACAUUUUCAAAUUUCUAAAGCAUAUGCUAAAAGCAAGACCUUAAAGUGAUGGAUGCUAUGUUUUUAAGAAAUGAUAGUGAUGAAACAAUAUUGACAUUAAUUUUAACUUAUAUUGAUAACUAUGAGAUAAUAACAGAAUUACUCAUCAAUCAUAAAUUGCCAGAAAAAAAUUAUGAAUUGCUUGAUUUAGCUGUUUCUCUAUUAAGAAAAUUUAGACCCCAAAGUUAAAUCGAUAAAAUAUAAAUGACUAUAGAGUUUUUGGAUGAGGUUAAAUCAAAUGAAUAAUUAUAAAAAGUGUUUAAUUCAUUUGAAGAUCCAAAGAUAUAUAGAGUUAAAAAUGCAAUUAUGUAUGCUUAAAAUUGCAUUUCAUAUUUCAAUCAUAAAAAAUAGAUACAUUUACUCCUUUUUAGAAAAAUAGCCAAGUUAUUUAAAUAAUCAUUAGGAGAAUUAUUUUAAAAGCAAUAUAGAAGCUGGAAAUAAAGUUUUGCUUUUAAUCAUUUGAAAAUACCAAAAGCAAUUCCAAAAACUACUAGCACAGUUACAAAUUUAACAAAAAUCGAACUUCAAAUAUUAAAUUAUAGUUUAUUUCACGAAAUAGCCAAUAAAGAAAAUUGGGAAUUGUUUGUUCAAUAUUCAAAUCCAUAUUAUCAUCAGAAAAGCUUGGAUCAAAGAACUCCUUUCUGGAUAUUCUUUCAAAAAGCUCCGAUUUCAAUAAUUGUAGAGUAUAUUCAAUAGUAUCCAAAAUAACUUGAAUAAAACAUAAAUUAUAUAACCACUUAAGGUUUAACAUUAAUUCACUGUUUAUGCAAGAAUAAGAAUUUAAAAUAAAGUGAUUAAGAAACAAUCAAGAAAUUAAUUGAUAUUUUAGAAAAGAACUCAAUUGUCAAGACUCUAUUGAAUGUUGCUUAUUAAGAUUAGAUUCCUCUCGUGUAUUAUUUGGAUACUUAAAGGGUUAUUUCAUCAGAUAUGGUUAACUUCCUAAGUUCUACCUUAGUUAAAUAAUUUUCUAUCGACAAUUUAGAGAUGGAAUCCUAUAAAAUAGCUGAUUCAAUUCUCAAUGGCAAAACAUCAUUAAGAUCAUCACUUCCCCAUUUUUCAAACUUAUCAAAAGUAUAAUUAAUAUAAUUAAUAACAAAAAAAAAACAAUUGCUGUUUAACAAAGAUGAAAAAAAUAAAUAAACCAAAGAAUAUCAAAAUUUUACUACAUUUUAUUAACAUUAUAUAUAAUUGGCGAAGUAAAUUAUAAAAUAUGGUUUAUUUGAGUAGUUUCCAUGGAUUUAGAAUUAUUCAAUUUAUUCAAGUCAUAUCCCUUAUGAUAUUGGCAAUAUAAGUACAUCACUAUUAUAUACUCUUUUGGUGAGUAAAAGAUUUUAAUAACUUAAAAUUUAGAUAGAGAGUAUUUGUAAAUCAAUCGAUUCACAGUAAUAUUAGCAAAAAAACAAUCUAUAGGAAUGUUAAAAAUUGGUGCAAUAGAUUUCAAGAGUACUAUUCAUUUAUUAAGAAUUGUUUAACUAUCCAGAAUGCUAGGAGUUACAAUAAUUGAUAUCGGAUACUAUAUACAACUAAAUUUAAAAGAAUCCUCAAAUCAUAUAAAAUAAGAUUUAUGGUUUUUAAAAGAAUGAAUCAAUGGCAGAUAAUCUAUAUUUACAGUAUAUAAUGAGUAUCAAAGCUUAGAAAGAAGAAUAUAAUAAGUUUAUUAAUAUGUUGAUAGAGAGAUUGGAUAAAAAUUUAUUUAAAGGAAAAGAAAUCAAAAUAAAAAUAUUAUUUCAAAAUUACAAUAAUUUCUAAAGUUAUAAACUAAAUCUUCUUGAAAAAUUGUUACCUUAACAAGAUUAACUGAUUAUUCCAUUAGAAAUCUAAAGUUAGAAUAUUAUUUAGGAUUCUGUUAGUGAUGAAAACUUUUAAAAUUAUUAUGCUUUUAAGAAUAUCUUAUAAGAAAUAAUAGAUAAAGACAAAUAAUUCUACUGUUUUAUUAAAGGUAAAACUGUUAUUCUAAGAUCAAAUUCUAUAUGUUAACUACUUUUGGAUAAGAAUUCUAAAUUACAUGAAUUAUAUAGAGGCUCAUUUUUUAGAUUAGAUGCCUUAUGGAGAACAUCAAAGUUCAUUAAAUAUGAUAAAUAAUAAAUAAUUCCUUAUAUUUUAGAUUAAUAAAAUUUAAUUGUUUAAAUAAAUACAUUAGAAUAAAAUUAAUUAGAGUAACUAUUUGAUUGGUAAUUGUACGGAAUGAGAGUUAAGUUGAAUUUAAAUAUUAAAAAAACAUUAGCCAAAUUAUCAGUUAAAUUAUCAUUAAAAGAAUAGGUCAUUUAUAACCAAAUAAAAAGUAACUAAUAAUUUUGGAUAAAUCUGAUUAUUUAUGAUGAGCUCAAUUCUGAAGUCACAGAGUAUUUUAAUAGAGAUGAAGAUAAGCCUUAACUCAUUAAUUAUGAUUAUUUCCCUCUUUCUGAAAUUAUUUCAAACAAUUCUUAUAAAAACUUACAAUUUCUGAUAUAAUUAAAAAAGAUUAGUUAAUAUGAACUAGUAUAAAUGUUGGCUCAAUAAUUUUUUAUAAGGCAGACUUCUGUUGUAAUUUACUAACCUUUAAAGGAAAAGAUUUCUUUAUUUAAUGCUCAAAUGAAAUUGUUAAUAGAAUAAAUAUCAACAAAUACUUUUGAAAUUUAAAAAUCCGAUAUUUGUAUCUUAACUAAAUUUAUAAAUUACUUAGAAGUAGACACUUUCUCUCGAUUUAAUAAGCAACUUCUAUUUGAUUUAAUCAAACAUACAAAUCUUGAUAAUUUAAUUAACAAAUGUCUAAUGUACUAAUAAGUGAGAUCAAAGGAGUAUUAUUUUUCCCCAGAGUGGUAGGAUUAAAUGAUAGAAAUUAUCUUGGAUAUUUGGAAAGAAAAUUAUGAAGAACUCCACGACAGAUCAUACUAUGAUUUAGGAUUAGCACAAUAGAGGUCUCCAGCAGUUGCUAAAUGGAUGUGUGAAAGGUAGAUUUUAGUUGAUAAAUCAAAAUUGGCAUUUGCGACCAAUCCUUUGUAUUUUUAUUUUUACUCAAUAUUUUUUCCAAAUGAAUGUUUUGAAUAUUUAGAGAAGAUAAAAUUAAAUUUUUGGAUGAUAAGAUUUUUAUUUGGAUAUUUUAUCAAUUUAGAUUAAAAGGCCUACCCAAAUAAAAAGAAAUUGGUUUACUAAAUGAUUAACCUAUUAAGAAGAUAUGGCUCAAUCUAAGAUAAACCAUUCAUUUCAAACAUUAAAAAUUACGAUUCCUUCUUUGAUGACACUAGAAUAUUUUAAUAUCAUCCGAAUGGGGCAUAAGGAAUAUCUAAACUUUAAGAAAAUAUAUUAUUUUAGAGAAGCUAAUUUAAAUAUAGAAGUGAAGAACUAAAAUAUAUGGAUGUUAUGGAUUUUUAAGAAUAUAUGAUAUUAAGUAAAUAGGAAUAUUCAUAAUUUAUCGACACAAUAAAUUUAGAUGAAAAUGAAUAUUUGGAAUAGAUUUCAUUCUUUAUUCACGCUGGAGUUAAAGAUAAACUGCAAGUCAUCUUUAACAAACUAAAAUCAAGUGAAAGUUUCUAAAAGAUUUACAAUGUAUAAAUCUUUACAAAAAAGAAAUGCUUGGAACAUGAAUUUGGAUUUAAAUUUGAUUUUGAAUUUGAAUUUGAAAUGGAAAUAUAGUUGAAAUUCCCUUACUAUUUUUCAUUUUAAAAGUUAGAAUGUGAUUUUGUGAAUUUUAAAUAAUCUGUAGAUUAUUUAGGAACAUUUAAAUAUCUAAAUGAAGAAUUAAAGAAGUAAAAACUCGAAUAAUCAUUAUCUGUUGAAACAAUCUAAAUUAAUGCCCUGCUUGAUAGUUUAAUAUUUCCAAACACAGAUUAAAUAAAAAUGAAUUAGCAACUGAUUAAUAUUUUAAUAUAGCUUUACUAAACCAGAAAAUCAAAUUCUAAAUUCUAAUUUAAAUAAGUAUAAAACAGAAGAUUCAGUGAGUUCUUAGCUGAGAGAGCUGAUCUAUAUAUUAAAUUAUUAGGGACAAAUAUUUAAAAUUGUGAGGUUAAAUUUACAAAAAUUUACUAUUUUACCCCAUUUUAGAGUGCCUUUUUUGAAUAAUUGCUAAUCUUAUUGUCGUAGGAUAAAAAUAAAGUGAAAUAUAAUGUAAAUGAAAUUGCAAAUUUGAUUCUUAAAAAUAAUUUUAAAAAUGAGUAAUUUAAUAAGAUAAUUUAAAAUGGAGCAAUGAACAUCACUAAUGUCAAUUCAGUAUGUAAAUACUAUUUUAAGAAAUCUAAUUUAAUUAAAUCCAUAACAUUAAAUUAUGAGCACAAUUGUUACCAAGCAAAGUUCUAAUUCUUAAAAAGUUGUAUGACAGUAGAAGAUUUCUCAUUUGAUAAAUUACAAAUUACAGAAAUUGCAUUUAUUUUGAAGGCUCAUGAAUUCUUUGAUAACAAAUUAGUUUUCAAUCAAAAAUAUUUGGUAGCAUCGUUAUUAAGUAAUAAUCUUGAAACCAUUAUUUAUGCAAUGGAAUUACAUAAGGAUCCAGUCAAAUUGGGGUUUGAAUAAAAUGUUUUUUAGAUUUUAACAAUAUAUUCAAAUGAGAAGGAUAUAAUUACUUAUUAUAAUAAAUUUGUUUACAAGAAAAUAUCCGAUAAUAAAAGGUUAUUUUAAUUGAAUAAUGUUCCACUGCUUUACUAUAUAGCAUACAAAAGAUACUCAAGAGUGUUUUAUGAAGUUUAUCUUAAAUAACUACAACUAAAUCUGAAGGAAAAUGACAUUAAUUAAUUUAUAUCAGAGUAAUUAUAAUAGGUAUGUUUUGAGUCAGAUGCAAAAAUUUAUUAAAUAGCUUUGUAAUAGAAAUCUUACUUUUUAUUAGAUUAUAUGAAAUCAUUCAUAAAAGCAUAAGAUAUCGAACAAUACGUUUAUAUAUACGAUUUUAAUGUAGUCGAUAGAAUCAAGAGUUACCCCAUUUAAUCUUAAAUAAUAUAAGAAUUCAUCAAGUCAUAUUAACAAACGGAAAAAUUCCACAAAUUCUUUCAUAAAUAAGAAAUUAAACUUCCUGAAUAGGGGAACAAAGUGCUUGAUGAUUAAAAUAAUGCAAGAAAAUAUUAAAUUGAGUUGUUAAUAUAGAAGGAAUAAGCUACUUUAAUGAAGAUAUUUGGAUUUAAUUAAGAAAUUCUAAAAUUUGUUGAAAUUCAUCAUGGAUUUAGUUUUUUAGUUUUUGAAUUGGUGAUGAGUUAAUUGAGCCAUUGUAAGGGUAAUCCUUAAAUUAUCAAAGAAUAUAUAAAGGAUAAUCUUUCUUAAAACAAGGCUAUUAAUAAAGAUAUAAUUAAUUUGGUUAUAGAAUAGGUGUAAGGGUAAUAUAUCUUGGAUCACCCAGUUUUUCAAGAAAUAAUUCAACUUUUCCCAACAGAAUUAUAGAAUUCACUGAAGCCUUAGAAUUUAAUUCUAGAAAAUUCUUUGGCACUUGCAUUGGGUUAAAAUUAAUCUAAUUAGUAAUCUCUAGCUGAAUUUAUAACUAAGUAAUUAAAAGAGUUGUAUGAGUGUUAGGAUGAUGCAUUUGAGGAGUACAUGGAUGCUAAUAUUUUGUUAGUGAUGAAAUUAAUAAAUAAACCAUAGUUUACACUGGAUGAAUAAGAGACUUUCAGGUAUUUAAUCAUAAAUUUGCCUGAACAAAUAUUGUUAUCAACUAUAUAAUUUUUGAUUCAAAACAAAUCUUAUGAAAAGAAAGAGAUUACAUAAAACACUCUUGAUUUCUUAGUUUGUUUAAUAUCCAAGCGUAUAAUUAUCACAAAAAGACCACAAUUAUGGAGUAUUGUUUCUAAUUGUAAUAAUUAUCUACCAGCUUUUUCUGAAAUCUUGUAUCUCAAAAAAAUUGAGAAAUUAUGUGAAUAAUUAAAAAACUAUUUAAUUUAUUUAGGAUUUAUAUAGAGAGAUUAUUAACCAGAGUUUAUUGUUAAGUUUGAAAAUGAACAAAUGUAUCAAUCGGAUGAUUAGAUUAUCCUUCCUUUAGAAUACAAUAAAGACGAACUUUAUUUCAGCUAAGAAAAAUAUGAUAAACUAAUUGAAUAAUUGAAAAAAAUCAGAUUAGAAAAGAAUAUCAAAGAAAAUAUCAACGAAAUUCUUAAUUUAUCGGAGUAUUAAUAAAACGAUAUACUUGGACUACUUGAAGGAAACUAUUCAAUUGAUGACAUGGAGGCUCCACACUUAGGUUAACAAAAUACCUUCUAGAAGUAGGUGACUUAAUUCGAUAAAUAGUCGACGAUCUUUGAAAAAAAAUAAACAGAGAAUCCAAACUCAAAGCAAGUUAAAUAAGAAGAUAUUUAAUUUAUUAAAUAGAAUUAUGAUUUCAUGCUCGAAUUAGUCAAUAAUAACAAUUAUAAAGUGAGAGAUUCAAAGGUGAACAAGUCAUAAAUAAUCUUUAUGGAGUAUUACCAUUUUUUCAACCCUUUAGAAUCAAUAGUAACAUUAGAACAAUGCACAGAGGCCGAAUUUUUAAGGAAAUAUAAUGGUAGGGAGUCCAUCUCCUUUGUUAUAUCCCAGUUUUAUUAAUACCAUGAAAAUCUGAAAUCAGCUAUUGCAAAUGAAGACUUGAAAUAAUGGCAAAUUAAUUACCCUUACUAUGUAAAGGAUGAAAAAUUCUAUAGUGAAAAAUCCCUUUUCUCCACAUACACAAUCUAAGUGGUGUUCUAAAAACUCCACUAGUUUCAUGAAAAUGUUAAGUAAUAUGCUAAAAAUCUAGGGGAUGUUGAAAAGAUUUAGUGGAGAAUUAGUGCAAUUUCCACUCUAGAAGUUUUGAUAAGCAACAUGAUUGAUUUCAACACUUAUGAUAAUAAACCAGUUGAUAUCCUAUCACUUUUGGACUCUAUUUUAAAUUGGAAUACCUUAAUAAUGAUUCUGCUGUAAGUUCUAUAUUGCAAUAUGCUUAAAUACCAAAACAUUUUAUCAGUUUUAAGAAGAAUUUAUGUAGAAUUCAAUGAGAUCUAGGAUUUACCAUUUGAAAAUACGUAUUAAGAAGGAGGGCUGGACUAGUAUUUUAGAUUUGGUUAAACUCAUUAUUUUCUGCAAUAACAAACUCUGGUAGUUAGAUUGAACAUUAUGAAUAUCAAGAAGUAACCUCAAUUAAAACAAUAGGUUUCCACUAAUAGACAAAAUCAAAGCCACAAUUUUUUGAAAUAAUAAGAAAUUGACUAUUAUUACUGCAAUAUUAUAAACGAAGAAGAUUUACUGUUUUAAAUCUUUAAUUCUAAAUAGAUAAUUUAAUAUAUAUUUGCUAAAUUGGAUGUUGAUCGUAAACUACAAUAAGUUUCAUAAAAUCUCAGUAAAAUGCUUAAUAAAGAUGUUAUCAUAACAGUGAAUCAUCAAUCAUUAUUAGACAUAUUGUAAUCUGAAAUUCAGUAAAUAAGAACUCUGAAAGAUAGAAAGUAAUAGCUAAGAAUGCAAACUUAAAUCAAAGAACUCCUAAUUAAAUUAUCUGAGUUCUUUUUGGAUAAAUCUGAAUAGUUGUUGAUCGAAUAGUUGUAAAGUCACAAUUUCGAAUAUCAAUUUUAAACCAAACUGUCGUCGCUUCUUCAUUCAUUAAGGUAAGGCUUCAAUCGUUCAUAGGAUGAAUUACCGAAUCAUCGUAAAAUUGUGGCUGUCUAAAAAGCAAAAGUCAUAACGAAGAUUAGAUAUCCCAAUCGAAAUUGUGAUAAGAUUAUUAGUUUAUACUUUGGAUUUUAGUUAAAGCCCAACUUUUACAUGUCUAAGAAUCAAAUUGGGGAUCUAUUAAUAGUGGUUCACAAGAAUGAAUACCAAUAUCUUUAGACAACUCUAUGUUAAUUGGUAGAUAAUAGUAGAUAAGGAAAGCUAGUAUUUUAUUAAUUUGAUGAAUCUUCAGUUUCUACCUUAUCGUAAGAAUAACUAGAAUAAUAUUGUGCUAUGUCGAAUAAGAUGAGGAAGAAAGAUAGCGAAGAUGAUAGAAUAGAAAUCGUUGACAAUGAAGACAUAAUUGCAGUGAUAUUGUUUGAAAAAGGAUGGCCAGAUGAUCCAGAUUUCAUUAAUAAUAUGAUCAACUUAUACGUCACUGAUCAAAAUGGAAAUCUGUACUUUAUUCACGAAUAACGUUUGGCCAAAAAGCUGAUUCAAAUCUAAGAAACAGAUAGUGAAUCUAUUAAGCGAUAACUAUUGGAUAUUGCUUUUGGUAAGAAUUAAGUUCAAACCUACAGUUAAUUCACCGUAGCUGAAAUUAUCCCAAUAUUUCCAAACUAAAUCCUUUAUGAAUUUGAAUCUGGAAAAACUAAGUAAUCUAAAACUGAGGUCACGAACUGCUAGAAGAUGAUUAUUAAAAUAAAUGAUAUAGAUUUCUAAAUAGAUAAAUUGAAAUUGGAUUUGUUGAAUAUAGCAAGUUAUUUUGAUUCAAAUGACAUUGCCUAGUAUCAUGUCAAAUAGUUAACUCAAUUUAAGGAGUCUCACAAUGAACUGUCAAAAAUCUAGAUGAUAAUAAAGUUUAGUGAUGAUUUUAAUUCAAAUCCAUCUUAUUAUUUGGAUAAUAUCAUGUAAUCCCAGAUUGCUUUUGUGGAAUUUCAAUAAGGGUAUGAGACAUUCUUUACUGAUAAAUACAUACCUUAAGUUGAAAAUGCUCUUGGUUUUAUGUUUGACAUCAAUCAAUAAUAGAUCAAGAAAAACUUAUUGAUGAGUAUAUUUAAGGUAAUUGAAUUUACUUUUGAUCUUACAACUGAAAGUAACAAUUAAUUAAUUUUCUUUGAAAACGGAGUCCUGAAAUUAAAAACGUUUUUAAUAUAAAAGGAAGAAAUAACUAAAAAAAGUUAGGUUCCUAUCAAAACUUUAAGCAUUGAGGUCCCCUCUGGAAAUAAAAUCGGAUAGUUUCUUAAUCAACUAAUAAUCAAUUUUACUAAAUACAAUUUUAGUGAUCUAUUAAUGGAAAAAGCAAAAUUUGAAAUAAUCAUCGAUUAGAAUUAUGAGAAACAGUUUGAAUAAGAAAUCUUGAUUUUGCUUCUAAUGACAAAAUAUCUCCAUAAAUUGAUUGCAAUAAAAAACGAUAAAAAGAUUCUAUUUCUGAUAACCCAAUAAACUUAAAAAUCUAUAUAGCUAUAUUAGUUUUCUAAGGACAGAAAUGAAGUGCAAUUAUUUUAUGAAAGAUUCUAAGAUUUCAGGUUGGAAGACUUCUUAUUAGAUUAUUUAAAUAACUACACAAACUAGUAUUAAAGUAGUUACAAUGAAUUGGAUAAAAAGAUACUAAGUAAGAACUAAUUGAUGAUGUAAUCAAUGAUUUUAAGUGCUGAUGAUUUUAUCAGAAAGGAGAAACAACAAGUUUAAUAAUCAUAUGAAUUGAACAUACAUUAUGGAUUAUAAAAAAUAAAAAAAUUGGAAGGUAGAUUAGACCCAAGAGAUUUUGAAACAGCAUUUAUAAUAGUGAAAGGGUAAGUAUAUCAAAAGGUUGUAUGCAUUAAGAGUUGUCAAAAAUACUCUCCAUUGGUUUAAUACUUAAAGUAGAACUCUUUGGAAUAGAAAUGCGGAUUUCCAAUAUAUAUAUUGAUCAACGGCUUAUAGGAAUACUUAUCUUUGGAUGAGCAAUUAUCAAAAAUAAAAAUAAUAACCAAAAAUAAUGUUGAAAGACCUCUUUCUUAUUUUAAAAAUUAUUCAACCACUUUAAAGGCCAAAGUAAAAUUCAUUACAUCAAAUAUAAUAUUCAUAGAGUUCAAUUGUUCUAAACCACUUGAAUUUACAAUAUAGACUACUUAGUAUUAAGUAGCAUGCAUAAAACAGGAUUACAGUUCUGAAAUCAAACUAAAGUUUCUUCCUACUUAGGAUUCAUAGAUGUAUAAGUAUUAUCAUACUGGUGUAUGGUUUGAAAAUGAAUUCAAAAACAUUGUUAAAAAUGAGUAAUAAAACAAAAUUAAAGAAAUUGUCUCUAGCACAACUAAAUUCCUUAAACUCAUUAUGAAGUCUUUGUCAGUUAAUGAAGAUAUGAAAAUGUAGUAAAACCAAUAAAAUAUUAAUUUGAAUCAGAUCCUCAGUAAUAAUGUACUGAAUAUUUAAAGUAGAUAAUUAAUAAAUCAAUCCACAAAAGUAGGAUCAGAACGGUUAGACGUGAUUGAAAUUAAAGACAAUUUUGAGAAUAUGGCACCCAAUUUUACUCUUUAAACCAUAGUUUUUGUGCACUCAAUUUAUCAAAAGAUCUAAAUAGUUCCUAAUUAUACAAAGGAAGACUUUGGAUUGAAAAUUUAUUGGGAACCUCAAAUUAAAGGGAUCUAUUACCUAUAUAUUAAUAACUAUAAAGUGGAUAGCUACUUUGUAGUUUUGGCUAAUUCAGUGGAUGUAGAAAAAUCUAAAUUAGAUUUUCCUGAAAAACUCAAAACCAUUCCUUAUUAUUAGGAAAUUACAUUUAAUGUUUUCUUGAAGGAUAAGUUACAAAAUAUUUAUGGAUCAAUAGAGAAUGCGUUGAAUGCAGUUAAAAUAGAAGUGGAAAGUUCUCACAAAAAGUCUAAUAUAGAGUAAAAUUACAGUAAAUUAUCUCUGGAAGGCAAAAUAGAGGUGUCACUGAGAGUGCUGCCAAUAGAUGAGGACGAUAUAACAGAAGUAGAUGAGAUAGAAUUAGUUCUAAAAAUCAAUGACAUAGAAAAAAUGAAAAAGAAAUUGGAGUUACAAGGUGUGUCAUUCGAGAAGAAUAUGCAGGAUUUCUAGAGAUUGAUUUUAUACGACAAUGAAGGCAAAAAGAUAUAUAAAGUUGAGAAGUAACUUUUAAUAGUACGUGCAAACUUCUUAGAUAGUUUGCUGAAGUUAAAAGACGAGAAGCUUAUUGGGCCAUUAAUGAUUAAAUUUAUAAAUGAACCUGGUUAUGAUUAAGGAGGUCCAAGGAAAGAGUUCUAUUCAUUAAUAGGAAAUGAGUUGAAAGGAGAAAAUCUAAAAUCAGAAUAAUAUGGAUAUUUUAGUAUGUUGGCACCAGGAUAUUACUAUAUAGAUCCAAAAUUUUUAAAUAUACCUAAGAAAAAUGAUUACGCAUAUGUUUUUGGGAAGUUCGUGGCUAAUUCAAUAUUUAAUAAUCAUCAAAUAGGAAUUCAAUUCUAACCAUAGUUUUGGAAAGUGAUAUUUUCCGAGAAAAUCCAAUUUAAAGAUCUCAAUGGAUUCUUAGAUCCGAUAACAUUUUAAAACUAUGAAAUGAUGCUUUCAUAUGAUGAAAAAACAUUGGAGUCAUUAGGAAUUAAUUUCACUUACUAGAAGAAAAAAGAAUUGAUUCAAUUGAUUCCAGAUGGUUAGAAUGUAACGGUGAAUAAAGAGAACUGUUCGGUAUAUUUGGACAAAGUAGCAGAAUACGUGAUCCAGACACAGUAUUAGGAUAUUUACACGCCAUUCAUUUCAGGAUUCCAAUCAGUUUUAGAAAUUAAGGAUUUAAAGAAGUUCUUUAAACCGAAUGAUAUGGGUCUCAUAACUUUGGGAGUUCAAGAUAUCAAACCUGAAUAGAUUUUGAAUAUUUUGAGUUUCAAGGGAGGCUAGGACUAUCACAUCUCAUUCUUUACCAAUUAUGUCAACACAUCGAGCAGCAAGAGACUCAAAGAACUACUACAAUACAUCACGGGAAGUCCAACGUUGCCAUCGAAUGAGAAGUUUAAGAUACAAGUUGAGUUCAAACAGGAUCUCAAGGACACCCUAAUACCAACGACCAGGACUUGCUUUAAUUUAAUAGAAUUGCCGCUCUACAAAAGUUAUCAAGAAAUGAAAUAGAAAUUGGAUACUGCUAUAAGUUAUGGAUUGAUAGGAUUUGGAAUUUUCUGA